AUGGAUUUUUCAACUUCACAGUACGCACUUCAGAAAAUAUUAAAAUGGUCUGUAAGAUCCAGUAAGCAUGAAGUACAAUCAUAUGAUCGAUCUGAAGGCAUAUUUCAUAUAAUGGCAUUAAACCGAGGACCAAUUGAUCCAGACAUUUUAUAUGAUCAGAACAUUCACCGAUCAGAAACUGUGUGGGAUGAUCGUAAUACGCCCGAGAUAAACUGUAGACGACGUGAGGCAGUUGUCCAACAGAGAUGGAGACCGGAGACGCAUACAUUUCACAUGCCAGUUGGAGAGUGCACAAUUACGUUGCAGGAUGUGGAAGUUUUGGUGGGAUUAUCGGCUGAUGGCGAGCCUGUUAUCGAUCAGAUGCAUGAUGAUUGGGGGCAGAGAUUGAGUUUAACAUGGUUGGGAGCAGAGUUUCAUGAAUUGGCUAACGAUGCCGAUGAGGAAACUAUCACACGUUAUGCACGGGCAUAUAUUUUACAGUUGAUGGGUGGGAGUAUUUUUGCGGAUAAAUCAACUCGUUAUGUGCACCUAAUGUUUCUACCAUUCUUAGCUAAUCUGCACCACACGGGGCGAUAUUCUUGGGGUGGAGCCUGUUUGGCAUGGUUGUAUAGACAAUUAUGCAAGGCAUCCAAACAAGGUGUUCGUGAAAUAGCUGGGUCACUAAUAUUGUUACAAAUAUGGGCUUGGGAACGAUUCCCAAUAGUGGCUCCACAACUCCUACAUGUCAAUGCUAAUCAAUUACACGGUCGAGCUUAUGGUUCAAGAUGGAGAGAUCAAUUUUGUGUGACAAGAUCGGCUACACAUGUAGUCUCUCAGUAUAGGUACAUGUUUGAUCUUCUUCAACCUAGUCAGAUUGUCUGA